CUGUGGGACAAGCAAGAGUCGCAAGUUGGAUUACAUUGUAAAUAGAAAGCAGGAGAAUCAUUCGCCCAUGUCGUAAAUAUACAUUUCAAAUUACCUUCGACUGAGUACAUGUAAUAAUUAGCUAAUUGUGUAUUUGCUGAAACAGUCAUAUCGGUGUUUUUGAGGAAUUACAAGGGAUUUAAAGCAGAAUAAAUAGCUAUGUAUCGGUCUCUGUAUGCCUUCCGAUCUGCGGAGCCCAACUCGCUCCACUUCGGGGCGGGUGAGAGCUUUCUGAUCCUGGAACGCAGCAACAAACACUGGUGGCUCGGCUCGCGCUGCAGUUCGGGCGAAACCGGCUACGUUCCCGCUUCUUACAUCGAAAGGAUUCAGGUAGGUUUAACCAUGGUUUCUUAACAUAACUUUAUUGAUUAGUGAAAGUGGAACGUGGAUUUUGACAAGUAGGUCUUCCACGCUAGCUUGUUAGCAUGAUAAAAGAGAGUGGACCACAGUCAGUCAGAUAAUGUAACGAUCGGGGAGAGGUCCAAUUGCUGCGUUGCAUUCCAAUAGACCUGAUUUAAGCUACUUUUGUGACUUUCUUUCACGUGACAGUCCUCGGUGAACGGGAGACAUGCUAGAUAGAGACUGAGAACAUUUUGCUCUGCUGCAUUGCCUGUGUCCUUUGCUCAGUUUUUUUAUAGGCUUUUCGCUGCAUAUUAACAGUAUUUUCCAUAUGCAACAUGACACUGUUAUAUGUGGACGUUUACAUGUAAACUAAAAUAUGUUUCCAGAAUAAACCCAAAUGGUCUAAUCAGAGAGGCAUGGCAAAUUCGCAAUGCCAGCUGGGUCUGUACCGCAGGGGUAGUUGGGACAUAAGCCAAAAAUGCAUUAACAAAUGUGGCGACGCAUCUGUUAUUUGUGUGUCACGCGUCUAAAAUCUCGUGACUGAUGAUGAGAUUAGAGUAAAUACAGUACGUACAUAGGAUACAUUGCUUUUAAUCAGAUAACACCAAUAAAAACUGUAAUCUAAUCUAAUUUCUUAUGCUUUCUAUGGGGAGAGCUCAAUUAGAAGAGCUAUGCAUAGUUUGUGACAACUCAGGCCUUUCAGAUCAAUGCCCGCAUCCCAUAUUCCAUACAGCUACACAGCUGGAUUCUCCAAUGCACUUUUAUUUGUGUCAAUGAGUUCUCAGUGUGAACUGCAUGAGUGUGUUUUGCUGAAAUUGUGUAUUGUGUAUCUGAUUUUGUGAAAUGAAACCACGCUGAAGCAGAGCGAUAUUCAGUCAGUGUGGAUUCCACACUGUGCAGCAGGAUUUGCUGUCUGACUGUGUCCUUGCCUAGGCCAUGUAGGUGAGGUCAGGCUAGGUGUCUGCCUGUAUCUGGACUGCGUUGGUUGGCGUGUUACUGUUCAGAGGGUUUGAUUUUGGUUGGAUAACCAUGCUGUCCUAGUUUUUUCUGCCUGGAGUCCCAUUUUGCCCUCCAGACAAAUGUUUUGUUUGUUUUUGUUUCCUUGUUUCAAAAUAAUUAAUGCUGAUAUUGAAUAUUUAACUCUCUCUCUCUCUCUCUGCCCUCCUUUUCUCUCUGCCCCAGGCUCCAGAGCAGGAUGAGGUUUUACAGUCUAUCGACAGGGCCAUCGAAGGGAUCCAUAACAUGGCCAUGAAGAACGGGGGCAAAUACAACCUGGAGCAGCGAGACAUGCUACAGUGAGUGCAACAUGAAUACACACACAGUCACAUACUGAUGUGUAGAAUCCUCAUGCAGCAGUUCCCUGAUUGGUGCUGAUUCCUGAUCAUCAUAGGGUGGCAGGUAGCCUAGUGGUUAGAGCGAAUACCCGAGCCGACAAGGUGAAAAAUAUGCCGAUGCGCCCUUGAGCAAGGCACUUAACCCUAAUUUGCUCCAGGGGUGCCGUAAUACUAUGGCUGACCCUGUAAAACAACACAUUUCACUGCACCUAUCUGGUGUAUGUGACAAUAAAUACAAAUAAAUAAACCUGCAUGGUUUCUCUCUGAUCAGUUAUCUUCAUAGGCUGCAUCUGAAAUGACCCCCUAUUCAUUACAUAGUAAGAUGUAGUAAGAUUAAAUUACAUUUCAGACAUAGCCAUUGACUCUCUCUUUGCGUCUGGAACAGGAAGUUGAUCCAUCACAGGAAGGAGACCCUGUCAAGGCGAAGUCCAACUCCAUCCGGUCCUAAGCAGGGCCUGCCCUCCUCUACCAGCGAACUGUCCCUCAGCCACACCCCGCAACCACCCAAUGGGAUCAGCCGCACAAUGUCAGAGAGUACCGACAAUGUGCAGGGGCUUUACCAGGUAUUGGAUAGAGACUUGCAUUCGUACGCACCUGAAGAAGAAUACAUGAUAGUCCAUUUUUUGAGAAGGCUGAGACAUAUAACUGAUAUCCUGAUAUUUACUCUGAUUUAAUGUUAUCUCUUGCAGGUGCCUCCUCAGCCCCGUCGUGCAGCACCCAUAACUCCACCCCCUCCUGAGAAACUAAGAGCCAGCCGACGCCCAGGUGACUCUCACCAUCACCAUGGAGACACACAUCUUCUUUCCACACACACACUCACACAUUCUCACACACACACACACACACACACACACACACACACACACUACUCAUGCCAUCUACUGCAACUUCUACACUGACUCUAUUCUCUCUCGCUCCUCCUUAUUCUUCCUCAUUCUCUCUUUCUCAGCAGAGUCAUCCAUUCCUCCUCCUCCUGGCCUCGCCCCUGCUGCAGGGACUGGCCUGUCCCCCUCUGUCAGCUCCGCCUCCCUGGACUCUGGUUCCUCCCACUCCGUGGUGUCCUCUGAUGUCAGCCUUCCAAGCGUUGCCAGCACCCCGCCCCCAGUGCCAAGCCGUGUGAAGCCCCCGCCCCCUCCUCCAGACGACCUACCUCCCUCUGACCCCUCUCCCCAGCCAGCUCCCUCAAAGAAGGGCCCCACACCCCAACCUCAACCUCAGCCCACUCCCCCACCACAGCCCAGCACAGAGGACCAAUCAGAAACCGACUGGCCUCUUGCCCCGCCCUCUGUCGCUGAAAGCCCCCCCGGCAGCCCCACUCACUCAGAGCCUGUCCCCGGGACAACAGGGGCAGAGCUUAUUGAGCUGGUGAGGAGGAACACGGGCCUGAGUUACGAUCUGUCUCGUGUAGCGGUGGGUGUGGUCGUGGGUCACCUGCAGACAACCUUACCUCAAGCCUCAUCUGCCUUAGAGAAAGUCCUCCUCUCAUUGGUAGAGAGCAAGGUCAGUUACAUAACCGUCUAGUAGCAACUUACUUGCUCCAAUACACAGUAUUUCAUGUUAGAAGUGUGUUAUAACCUCAACCUUUAGAAAGUGAAGUUGUUAUACGUGCACAUUAUACUUGUACAUAACAGGAAAGUCUGCAAAUUAAAAUGCUCUUUAUACUAACUAUAACAGUGACAACGUUUCAAUCCGAUGUGGAUCUUCGUCAGGUCAAACAGAUUCCAUUUGCACAUAACAUACCCCAUAAUAACCCCAACCUCUUCCUGUAGGAUCAGAGUUCGGUGUUGCCACAAGGACAAGUGUGUCACGAUGAACAGCGCCUGGAGGUCAUCUUAGGCGACCUUGCCCGUCACGUUGACGACUCUCAACAGCGCAGCUGGGCCCUUCACGAAGACCACUCUCUCAUCGCAUGUUACUUGGAGGAGCUGCUGAAGAUACUGGUGAGAUACGUGCACUCAGGGACAGUUGACUCAGGACUGGCAUCUGGGUUGUAUUCACUAGACGCCAAACAGAAGAAAACGGACCGAAACGGGAAGGGACUGCCUGAAUGUGUCCAAUAAGAAACGCUUGUCUUCCUUUUUAGUUGCAAAAUGUUUUGCUACGGUGUGCACUAAUGAAUACAACCCUGGACAAAGAGAUUCCUUGAUAGAUGUGAUAGUAUUACCACUGAUACUUUUGGUAACUGUUGAAUCUAAGGAAGAGGGUGUUUGUGUCCACAGACGGAUGCAGAUCCAGAGGUGUGUAAGAAGAUGUGCAGGGUCAACCACUCGGAGCCAGUGCUGUCACUAGUGACCUAUUACCAGAUGGUAAGAUAUUCUACAUGUCACUCACUACCAGAUCCUUAACUCUGUGUUACCCUGUCAUACUGUUUCCCACCCAAGAGGGCCACAAUGUAAAAAAGCCUUCAGACUUAUUUUUAAAUAUGUUGUUUGUGGUAUGAAUUAACUUAAUUAUCAUAGAUGAGUGAUGUUUCACCGGCGUGUUGGAAACGCAUAGUUGCAUAGUAACGGUGUUACUUCCUUUGUCACUGUGCAGGAACACAGAGUGUCUCUACGCCUGCUGUUGCUCAAGGUGUUUGGGGCGAUGUGUAGCCUGGACUCUACCCUCAUCUCCACCCUCCUCAACUCCAUCCUGCCUAUGGAGCUGGCCAGAGACCUGCAGACAGACACACAGGGUGAGGAGGCCUCCUCUAUCACUUCCUUUUCUCUCUCUCUCUCUUUUUUCUCUCUCACUGUGACCUUUGUCUCCUUCCUCAUGUCUUUCUGUUUCAGUCUAUUUUAUUUAGCAUCCCUUUAUAUCUUUUUCAUGAAUGUUUGUGUGUCUGUGUUUUAUCUCUCCCCAGAACAUCAGAAGAUGUGUUACACAGCCUUGGUCCUGACUAUGAUCUUCUCUAUGGGGGAGCAGGUGCCCUAUCACCACUAUGGUAUGAGCAACAUUAAAUAGGACCACUAUAUUGCUUUAGAAUCCUUACAAAUUGCCAUCACAUUAUCGAUCAAUAUGUCCAAACUCAAAGGUGAAAAUGUAACUCUCUCUAUCUCUUUAUUUUUCUCUCUCUCUCUCUGUUUAUCUCUCCCUCCACAGAGCACUUAAAUGCUAGUUUUGUUCAGUUCCUGCUAGAUGUGGUUGAGGACGGUCUUCCCUCUGACCCCACAGAACAGCUCCCUGACCUCUGUGUCAACCUCAUCCUGGCCUUUAACCUGCACCUCAUAGGUGAGAGGACACAGGCUUUAGACAGAGCAAACACCUUUUAUUUUACAGGGGUACUUCACUGCUCUUAUUCAUGAUCUGCAGCUCCAUACCAGUUCGACGUGAAAACAGUGAUUUUCUAUGUCCUGUAUUUAAUCAAUAUGAGGUUAAAAAUUGGUGAAGGGGAAUGUUCCCUAUUGACUGCUUUAUGUAUUAUGGCAAAGGGGACCCAAGCGUUCUUUUGAGAGUUUUAAAUGACUUUUACUUUGUGUGUUUUACCUAUGAGGUGUGGUAUUUGUGGUAGUGUAAAGUGUAUGUUGUUUCAAGGUUUGAAUAUUCUUUCUCUCUUUCAGUGCCCAGCAGCAACGUGAUAAUGCAGACUGUGGUCAAGAAGAACGUGAAGAUCUUCUCUGAGAAAAUAGUGCUUCUACUAAACAGAGGAGGCGAGACACACCUUUGUUUACAUGGGUUUUAUUCAAUACAAUACAGUUUGAAUCCAUUCUCAGUCCUUUUUCACUUUCCUCUCUCUGUCUACAUACUCUUACUUGUUAUUUCUCUCCUCUCUCCAGAUGACCCUGUGUGUGUCUUUAAACAUGCUCCCCCUGCCCCACAUUCAGUACUUAAGUUCCUGCAGGAUGUCUUUGCCAGCCGAGACUCUUCAGACAUCUUCUACCGCACGGAUAUGAUGGUGAUGAUAGACAUCGCUGUUCGAUGCAUCUCUGACCUCUCACCUGGGGACAAGGUGACACUGAUAUGCACGCACACACACACACACACACACACCUCUUCCCAUUGGCCAGACAGCCUGGGACCUAAGCAUGGCUGAGUCUUAUGUUUGGCUUGAUAAAUGCAUCCUCAAAAGGAAAGUGAACGUGAACUGUAUAAUGACUGUGCUUGCUAAUGGCCUCACAUUCUCUUCAUCUCUUUCUCUCUCUCUCUCUCUCGUUUCCCUCCCUCCAGUUGAGGAUGGAGUACCUCUCCCUCAUGCACUCCAUCAUGCGCUCCACAGACUACCUGGAGCACCGGCACCGCCUCUCCGACCUGCAGGGCGCACUGCAAAGAAUUCUGGGAGAAGAGGACGACUCAGGAGUGGACGAGGGCGGGGCCACAGCCAAACAGAUGGAUAAGCUAAUAGUGCAGGAGAUCUACAAGGAAUUCCCUCAGAUCAGCGAGAGCUAG